AUGCUUCGACGGCAGGCGCGUUUGCGCCGUGAGUAUUUGUACCGGAAAUCAGUGGAAGACAAACAAAAAAGCAUACAAGCCAAGAAAGACCAACUCAAGAGAAGCUUAGAGGAAAAUAUCCCCAUUCAUGGUGAUUUAAGAAAGGAAGCGUUAGCAUUGCAAAAACGAAUAGAAUAUGAAGAUAAAGGUCCCGAAAGAGCUGCAGUUAUUGGAGGUUUUAGUGGUGGUGCUAAUACACUCAACUCCCAAGAUGAUGAGUACAGAUAUGCAGGUGUUGAAGAUCCCAAAAUUAUGAUCACCACAUCAAGAGAGCCCAGUGCUCGGCUUAAGAUGUUUGUUAAAGAACUAAGAUUAAUAUUCCCAAAUAGUCAACGCAUGAACCGUGGUGGUUAUGAAAUGUCCCAAUUGAUACAUGCAUGUAGAGCUAAUGAAGUGACAGAUUUUAUUGUAGUACAUGAACACAGAGGUGUGCCAGACAGUUUGGUUAUUUGCCACUUGCCUUAUGGUCCGACUGCAUCAUUCACAUUGUCUGGUGUGGUAAUGCGCCAUGAUAUACCUGACAUUGGGCCCAUGAGUGAACAAUAUCCACAUCUUGUGUUUCAUAACUUCAAAUCUGAGUUAGGUUUGAGGACAAUGAGUAUACUGAAAUAUCUUUUCCCAGUACCAAAGACAGAUUCAAAGCGAGUGAUCACUUUCGCCAACCAUGACGAUUACAUUUGCUUCAGGCAUCACACAUACAGAAAGUCAGGCAAAGAAAUCGAAUUGACGGAAGUAGGCCCCCGCUUCCAGAUGAAACUGUACGAGAUCAAACUCGGUACUCUCGACCAACUGGCCGCUGCCGACACGGAGUGGGCGCUCCGUCCCCACAUGAACACCGCCGCCAAGAGACGGUUCCUCAGUGACGACGACGGCUGGCACGACGAACAAGACUUAUAA